GUGUCAACAGCGAAGUUUCACUCUCAGCCCACUAGUAGUCAGGUCGACGGUCCUCCGAGGAGGUGUUACUGUUCCCCUCCCCGUGUUCAGUUUUCGGUUCAGGUGGACGCUCUGCAUCUCCACUGUCAGUAUGUCUCCUUCCACGUCCCCCCGGUUCUUCACGGAGAGGGAGGUGGCCCGCCACUGCACCAAGGAGUCCUGCUGGGUGCUGCUGGGGACCAGGGUGUACGACGUGACCUCUUUCUUGCGGAUGCACCCGGGAGGAGAGGCGCUGAUACUUAGGCGGUCGGGCAAGGACGUGAGCCAGGAGAUGGAGGGACCCCCACACCGGCACUCGGAGAACGCCCGGCGGUGGAUGGAGCAGUACUACAUCGGGGAGCUGGACAGAGACAGCCGCACCGACGAGGCUCAGACUCUGAGAGAGAGGAGGACGGCCAGUGAGCAGUCAGAAGGAAAGACAGCAGAAAAGACGACAGACACGAAGGUGAAAGAGGAGGACACGGAGGACGAGAAUGACGCGUACAACCGCUGCAGCCCUGUGGACCUGGACAAGGAUUUGGUGGAUUGGCGGAAGCCCUUGGCAUGGCAGGUAGGCCACCUGGGAGAGAAAUAUGAUGCCUGGGUUCACCAACCAGUCGACAGACCAAUCAGACUGUUUGGAAACCCCUUCCUGGAGGCCAGCACCAAGACUUCCUGGUACUGGGUACCAGUGGUGUGGCUUCCUAUUGUGUUUUAUUACAGUUGGUACUGCUACACCACCCUGGCAAAGGGCACCACCAGACUACACUUUACUUCAGACUUCUCUAUCCCGAUCCCUAAGUACAUUUUCCCGCUGCUCUUUUUGAUGGGCUGGUUCUUAUGGUCAUUCAUCGAGUACUGCAUCCAUCGCUUUGUCUUUCACAUGAAACCGCCAGCCCAUAACUACUACCUCAUCACGCUACACUUCCUCCUGCACGGACAGCACCACAAGUCUCCGUUUGACGGCUCCCGGUUGGUCUUCCCCCCCGGCCUGGCCUCCUUAGUGGUGGGAGUUUUCUAUCUAAUCCUCUGCAAGACGCUCCCAGAGAUCCUGGGGACGUCCGUGUUUGUUGGAGGCCUGUGUGGCUACGUCGUGUACGACAUGAUCCACUACUACCUUCAUUACGGUUCACCCAAGAGAGGCUCGUAUAUGUACAGCCUGAAGGCCUACCACGUCAAGCACCACUUUGAGCACCAGAGGGCAGGUUUUGGAAUCACCUCCACGUUCUGGGACCACCCCUUCAACACAGUCAUCCCCGAUGAGAAAUUCUAACACAGAAACGGCUCUCCUGAAGGGCCAAAGGACUUAUCAGCCCCCCUCCUUAGUGACCAGCCCACAUGCUUUAACCACCCUGACACCCUUAGUCCAAACACUGCAGCCAUAGCUUUCACAACCAAAGAGGAGAGUCCACAUCUGAGGACUCCUGGGCCACCGCAACUAAUCCAUACAUCCAUACCGUAUCACAUAUCGUCCUGCUUUUUGAUUCCAGCCAGCAACACAUUCUUUGCCGAAGCUAAGUCAUCUGGAUGUGUGUGUGUGUGUGUGUGUGUGUGUGUGUGUGUGUGUGUGUGUCGACCAGUCUGCACUUUUUUCACACUGUGAUCAUUCCUGCACAGCUGCAAGGCCUUUCUGUGCCAUCUUUUUUAUAACCAAAGCAGCAUCUACUACUGCUGUGCUCUUCACUGCACUGACAUCACCAGCCAACAUAGCCAUUCACAGCAUCAUAAUGUACACAUAGAGGGGGGCAAUAGAGAAAGAGAGGGACACACACACACACACACACAUGAACAGACACGAACAGACACAUACAAGCACGUGCACAUCUGUGUAUGUUGAGUGUUGUGGUUCAAUUUAAGGUGAAGUAAUGAUGUUCAAAAUCACACUGAAGAGAUACUCAAAAUACACACUUUACUCCCAACCCCUGAAUAUUUGCCAACAGCAUAUAACACAUGAACAGAAUCACAUCUAUCAGUGGAAAUGCACACGCACACAUAGGCACAUGCACACAUAGGGGCCUGAGCAAUGGACCAAGCAGAGCAGCUGCACACCCACUAUUUGACUUAGGGGAUCAAAUGUGUGUUCUUGCAUCCCUGCUUUUUCAUCAACUUUUUUAAAUAUUUGAGUUGGAUCACAAAGUUCUCUCCAUUUCAUAUGUAGUAUAGUACACAAUAAUAUAAGCACACAAUACAAAUACUCUGUUUAACCCAAUUUAGGCGAGGGGUGCAAAAAGUAUGCUGCAGUUGUAAUUUGGCAUUUUCAAGCUUUUCACCAGAAAUAAAACAGCUUUCAUUUGAUGAGAAGUCAAAGGAAGUCCCCUCUCCCAUUAGCGCCAGCGCUGAUACCACUCUUGCACCCUCACUUUUUCUUAUAACCAGGAGCACAUUGUCCAACUUCCCUCGGAGGAUGACGGAGGGAAAAGGAAGUGAUAGAUGGUAGGUGAAUGUGGAAGACGGAGAAGGAAGGGAUGUGACAGAGUGGCAGAGAGUGUGUGAGAGAGUGAGUGUAAAGACUGAACAAGAGAAAGCCCCCAAACCGGUGAACCAACUCAGGAAACAAACUUCAUCUUUCCUCUAAACUAUCUGCAGCUUUUCCUUAUCAUCUGUACGUCUCUCUUUGCUGUCGACCACUAAGCUACCCAGCUACGCUGCUACACUCUGUUAUUCUGCAUGUUUUUAACAGUCAACAGGAGUUCCCUCCACCAUGUUUGGUCUCGCUGUGUUUUGUAAACAGCUGUGAACAGAAAACAUCUGGAUGCUGAGAGAUUUAUUUGGCAGUUUAGAUUUAAUUUAUUACUAAUCAGCAAAGCUGCAGAAGUGAAAUGAUACUGCAGGGCACGAAUGCAAUGUUCUGAUCAUGUCAUGUAAAGCAGAGUCCUGAAUGUUUGAAACCACUGUGGAGAUAUAUUUUUGCAAGUCUUUUGUAAUAUUCCCGUCGUUUUCUUUUGUUUUUCAUCAUUAAUGAUACAACAAAGAUGUAGAAAAAUAUUUUGUAAGAUGCUUUGUACAGGAAAAGAGAUUCUUUAAUCGCACCAGCUUGAGCAGUGUGAGCAGAUGUUUUCAUAUUGACAGAUUAGACAGAUACAUUUAGAUGUAAAGAUGGAUGGAUGUGAUGUCAUGGUGUCAGAAGGACAGAGCUGAAGGCAUGAGGCCAGCCUGUCAGACUUUCCGCUGUGGGGAUCUAGGGGUCAAAGGGUCAGUGGGCGUGAUAACAAUGGCUUCAUUUUCUCAAGGGAAAAUUAUUUUAAAAAAUGAUUGAUUUCAACAGAGACUAAUCAGAACUUGGAUCUCUGGAAAAUUAAGCUGAGGGUGAGUUUUAGUCCCUUAGGACCCACCCUCAAGUCUCACUCCAUCCAUUGAAAGCCACUGUUUUUAUUGGCCCUGCAGAUCCCUACAGGAUGACGAUGGACGAACCAUCUGACUGGACAGCAGGAGGUCUUGACAGUGACUGGCGGAUCCUCGAAAUGUCUCCUCUACACACCUGACAACAACACUUACUACUAAAGCAGAACAAACUUAAUUAAAACCAUUUACAUAAAUACGUUGAGCACAGUGAGAAUAAACUACAAUUGCAGAAAACCAUUUGUAUCUACUUUCCUAGUUUUAAGAGACACCCCAUUCACAUAAUAUAUUUAAAAAAAUAUUAUAAAAAAUAUUAAAUAACAUGCAAAAUCUAUUUCAGACUGUUCUAACUUUUGAAGAAGAGUAAAAUGAUUCUAUUUGCAUUGCUUUUUUCUUAAUAAUAAAUGCAGCAAUAAUAAUGUCUGUAGGUAAACCUUAAGAGGGCUGUGUCACCAGAAUACUGUUAGUGAUUAUACCAGUCAUGGCCGGCAGGAUUGAGCUAUAACUGCACAGAAAUAUGUCUACAGCACAUAUAUCUGUUUAAAAAAAAAACACAACACCGACUGUCUUACAAUACGCAGUCCAGCUGAAUGAAUGUCCAGUGUAUCCUGAAGAAAGAAUUUUGACUUAAUGACUGUACCACAAAGACGUUGCUUCAGAGAGGACCAAAAAUUAUUUUUGUUGUUGGUAAUAAUGGUGGAGAUAGUGAUGACCAUAAUAACGAUGAUGGUGAUGAUGAGUGUAAUAAUGCAUACUGAUUGUGACGGCUGCUUGGCAAAGUGAAAUGACUCCACCUGUUGGAAUGAAGUACAUAUAGAUCUUAUUUAUGUAUAUUUAUAUGAUACAGAUGAAAGAGCAACUUGUACUCUGUGUUUCUGACAAGUGAACUUUUCCUUGUGCUAAAUGAUGCAGCAUAAAAUAAUAUUUCCUAAAUCUGUUUACUAUAAUAGCUUAUAACUUUUAUUUUGGAAUUUUAAAUGUCUAUGCAAAUGCAACGGUAUUUGUAAAUAAAUGUAUAUUUCUGAUGUCA